GACAAUAGUGAGUGGUGCACACUUCCUUCGCCCGGCCACAGAACAAAAUAAAGAGUUGCUGGUGUAACAAUUUUUGAUUGAUACUUUUUUUUUUAGGAAGAAUAUAUUCCACUCCUCUCUUGUACACGCGGCUUAUGAGAUGAACGCUGGUCAAGAAGAACGUCCCCUUCAGCAGCAGGAGGAUCCACAGCCCCCCCACAUCAAAGAGGAAGAGGAGGAUCUCUGGGUUACUCAGGAGGAAGAGUUUCUUCCAGGGCAGGAGGAGGCGGAUCUCAGCAAGUUUCCACUGACUGUUGUCUCUGUGAAGACUGAAGAGCAUGAAGACAAACCACCUGAGUCCUCACAGCUUCAUCACAGUCCAAACGUCUGUGAAGAACAUCUUCACCCUGAGCAACAGAAGAGGAGCUUCAGGAUGCAGACGGAGGAGCCACAGCCCUCCCACAUUAAGAAGGAAGAGGAGGACCCACUGACCUUUCACAUCAAAGAGGAAGAGGAGGAACACAGCAUCAGUCAGCAGGGAGAGCAUCUUGAAGGACUGGAGGAGGUUGAUGUCACCAAGAUGCCAGUGACUGGUGUCCCUGUGAAGAGUGAAGAUGAUGAGGUCAAAGGUGAGAGUGAGGAGAGGGGAGGGGGGGAGCCUCCAAGCAGCAGCUCAACUCAACACAUGACAACAGAAGCUGAUGGAGACCACUGUGGAGGAUCACAAGCAGACAAGCUCUUAGCUCCACUAUCAGAUAGUGAGGACACAACGUCACACUCUCCUGACACUGAUGAUGAAGACUCUAAAGAUGAUAAGACAUGUCACACUGACAACACACACUUCACAUGUUCUCUCUGCGACAAAACUUUUAAAUCUCCUAGUAAUUUGAAAAGACACAUGAGAACACACACCGGAGAAAAACCUUUUUCAUGUUCAGUCUGCGGUAAAUGUUUAACUCAUAGGCACGAUUUGAAAAUACACAUGAGAAUACACACUGGAGAAAAACCCUUUUCUUGCUCAGAAUGUGGUAAAAGUUUUGUAAGAAAUCAAAAUUUAAAAGCACACAUGAGAACACACACUGGAGAAAAACCUUUUUCAUGUACAAUCUGCGGUAAAGAUUUUACUCAUAAACAACAUUUGGAAAUACACAUGAGAAUACACACUGGAGAAAACACUUUUCCCUGCUCAGAAUGUGGUAAAAGCUUUGUAAGAAAUCAAAGUUUAAAAGAGCAUUUGAGAACACACACUGGAGAUAAACCUUUUUUAUGUACAAUCUGCGGAAAAGAUUUUACUCAAAAGCACAAUUUCAAAGCACACAUGAGAAAACACACUGGAGAAAAACCUUUUUCCUGCUCAGAAUGUGGCAAAAGUUUUGUAAAAAAUCAAACUUUAAAAUUACACAUGAGAACACACACUGGAGAAAAACCUUUUUCAUGUUCAAUCUGCGGUAAAGAUUUUACUCAAAAGCACAAUCUCAAAGCACACAUGAAAAUACACACCGGAGAAAAAGCUUUUUCAUGUUCAAUCUGUGGUAAAGGUUUUACCCGAAGGGACCAUUUCAAAACACACAUUAGGGUACACACUGGAGAAAAACCUUUUACCUGCUCAGAAUGUGGCAAAAGUUUUGUAAUAAAUGAAAAUUUAAAAGUACACAUGAGAACACACACUGGUGAAAAACCUUUUCAGUGUUCAGUGUGUGGAAAAAGUUAUAUAGAAAAACAGCAAUUAAAAUCACACAUGAGAAUUCACUCUGGUGAAAAACCAUACUACUGUUCGAGCUGCGACAAAAGCUUUCGUCACCGACAAUCUUUCACAGUACACAUGAGAACACACACAUGAGAGAAAGUAACAACAUCAGCACAUAUAACAUGUGUGACAUCAUUGUUGUGUGUGUAACACAAUCUUGUUAAUAUGAUUCUAACAUUUAUAGAUUAGACACUUCAGAUUAGUGCUUUUAUUUCAGUCAAGUACAUGAGUUAAUAUACACAUUUGUGUACUUUAAAAUGAACACAACAAUUUGACUGAAAAGGUGAGAAUAAACAGUACAUAAAAUAUGUUACAUACAAUAAACAUUUUAAGUGUUCAUAAUUCACUUUUAUACUUAUUCAUAUGUGUUUUGAACAAUGAAGUGUUGCAUAUUUUAUUUUGUAAUUGUAGAAGAUUCCAUAGAUGAACUCCUUUAUAUGAUGUACAUAUUUGUUUUACAUGUGUUCAUACCUUUGCUUUUGAGUACACAUAAAUCCCUCUUAGUUCAUAUUUACUGGUUCACAUCUGAAACAUCUUCUGGACCACUUCUGGAAGCAUAUUAUUAUUUACUUUAUACAUCAUUUGAACAGUUGUCUUUUAUACAAUUUUAAAAUGUGUGACUUCAUGAAUCAUUUAUUGGGUCUUCAUCGUCCAUUCUAUUGAUUGUCUUUAUUACUCUCUUGUGUAAUAUGAAUAUUGUUGUGUGAUUGUUUUAUAUGUAUGUCCUCAGACCUUAUGCAAUAAAUUUCAAUUAAA